AACAGUGCUGUAAAUCGGUCAUGUUACUUAAAAUCAGGUGAACAAAUAUUUAUGAGCCGGCUUUCAAGAUUUCUGAAAGUUUUGCUAUGGCUGACGAAGAGGACAAUGGAUUUGGCGAGUGGGGCGGGUACUUCGAGGCCAAGAAGUCAAAACUCGAAGAACAAUUUGCGGCCGCCAGCGAUCCAUUUCGCAAGUCAAAUUUAUUUCAAGGCAUUUCAAUUUUCGUGAAUGGAUUGACGAAUCCAUCAGCCAACGAGCUGAAGCAAAUUAUGAUGGUCCAUGGCGGAAUAUACCACCACUACGAAAGGCCGCAUACGAAGUUUAUCAUAGCGUCCAAUCUGCCUGACGUCAAGGUGCGCAAUAUGAACACAAGCAAAAUAAUAAGCGCCCAAUAUAUCGUGGAUUGUUUGGAAAAUAAGCGGGUGUUGGAUUACAAGCCAUAUCUGCUGUACACUAAUCAGAAAACCACUCAGCCGAGACUUCACUUCGGGAAAGGCAAAAACACGAGUAGAACCAAUGAAAGUAUGGCAGUGCCCAAGUCUGAGACUGCAGCCGAGCCGCCAUUAGUAGAGCCCGUCGAGGCUGACCUGAGCAACAUUCUGAACAACCUACGGCAGGCUGUUGCCACCUCUCCCAAGAAUGAGACAGCAGCUAAAGCUGCUGUAGAACUGUCUGUGAUAUCCAACAACAGCGCCCGCACUGCCGUCGAUCCAGCUUUUCUCAGCGAGUUUUACAAGAACUCGCGUCUGCAUCACAUUGCCACACUCGGAGCGGGAUUCAAGCAGUAUGUCUGCGAACUGCGUCAGGCCAAUGGCGGCAAGCCAUUUCCCAAACGGGACGAACUAAGAUCCGUCCUCAGUUGCGACCAGAUCAUGAAUGUGUCCGCGGCCUCAGUACUCUAUAUCAUGCACAUUGACAUGGAUUGUUUCUUUGUGUCCGUCGGUUUGAGAUCUCAUCCGGAGUGGCGCGGCCUGCCAAUUGCUGUAACACACUCAAAGGGAGGCAAUGCAGCCACCGACGUACCAGUUCAUCCACAAGCCGAUCGCCAGGCUGAGCUGAAGCUCUUCGCCGAGCGCUUCGAGCAUCAACUGCACGACAAUAUCCGUGCGGACAAAGUUCGUUCUGGCUUCGACAAGAAAAUGUCGCUCUCUGAGAUCGCAUCCUGCAGCUACGAGGCUCGUGCCAAAGGCAUCCGCAAUGGCAUGUUCGUGGGCCAGGCCCUGAAGCUCUGCCCCGAACUAAAGACAAUCCCCUAUGACUUUGAGGGAUACAAGGAGGUGGCCUUUGCCUUGUACGAUACGGUGGCCCAAUACACCUUGAACAUCGAGGCCGUGAGCUGUGACGAGAUGUUCGUGGACCUUACUGAUCUGGUUGAGGAUCUCCAAGUGGAUGUGAUGUCCUUUGUAGCUCAUCUCAGAGAUGAGGUUCGCAUCAAAACGGGAUGUCCCUGCUCUGCGGGAGUGGGCACUAACAAAUUGCUUGCUCGCAUGGCAACCAAGAGGGCCAAGCCGGACGGACAGUACUUACUGGGUCCAGGCACCGAUGUGUUGGGCUACAUGGCCCCAACAGCUCUGGAAACACUGCCGGGCGUGGGCUCCAGCCUCCGCCACAAACUCGAGCAGGCAGGUCUGCGGAACUGUGCUGAUGUGCAGAGGACAUCGUUACAGACGCUGGAAUCGGUGCUGGGUAAAAAAUUGGCUCUGACAUUGUACGAGAACUGUCGUGGCAUUGAUACACGCCCUUUGGUCUAUGAACAGAAACGCAAGACAGUGUCCGCUGAGGUCAACUAUGGUAUUCGGUUCACUAAUACCAGCGAGUGCGAGACAUUUUUGCGCCAACUCAGCGCCGAAGUGACCACGCGUCUAACUGAUAUCAAACGAAAAGCCAAAUCGAUCGGCUUGAAGGUCAUGGUGCGAGCCGCCGAGGCUCCCAUCGAGGCGUCCAAGUUUAUGGGCCAUGGUGUUUGUGACACCAUCAACAAAUCAUUUAUACUAACCCAUGCCACUGAAGACGUUAAUGUGAUCACAUCACAUGUCCUCAGGCUGAUGAAAGAGUCUGGCCUGCCUCCGCAUGAGCUACGUGGAAUAGGCAUACAUCUGAGUAAGCUUUCAGAAGCCACCGAAGUGAAAAAGGAUAAUGUUCUAUUGCAGAUGUUUGAGAAAAUGUCAGAGAAGCGAAAGGGUGAACCCACCGUGGAAGUACAUGAGCAGCCGGAGCCUACUGUAUUCAAAGAGAAGGAGAAUGAUUUGGAGUUUAAAAAACCACAAGACUUGCCAUCUGUAUGGGAUACAGUAGGAUGGAAGAAUUCUGCUAAUAAAUCACUUGAGCCACCGGUCAAUGUCUCCGAUCGAUUAGGUAAUACAACGAUUGAUAUGGAGGUUUUCGCCCAGCUGCCGGAGAAUAUUCGCCGUGAGGUGCUCGAAAACAUGGACGAACAUCUCAUAGCCAGGAGCUCGGUGCAUUCUGACAGAACGCGUAAAAAUCCAAUAGGAGGUCGUCGCUCGUCCAUGCCGUGUCCGCCGUCGUCGCUGCCGCGGAUAGAAAACAAUUGCUCGACAUUCCCAGUACCCAAAGACACAGAUGGGCCCCUAGAACUAAUGCGCGCAGUGAAGCCCACAACCGCGGCACUGAUGCUCAAUGGUCUUCAAAACCAUCUGCUAGGCAGUAACUACAAAUCCAUGCUGGCCGAUUGGGUCAGCAAUGAACAGUAUCCCAACCCAACUGACAUCCUUAUGAUAAAUAACAAGCUGUCCGAAUUGGCCCAAAGCAAACAGAUGGGUCGGAUUUAUGACAUAAUGAAGCACCUGUGCAGGCUCAUCAAAAAGAAGCGCGACAACAUCUGCGAAUGGCACAUGGCCUACAAAGUCAUCGAGGAAAGUGUCCAGCAUCAGCUAAUAGCGAUUGAGAGCUAUAUGUUGAAGCUUCCAGAUACGAUUAACUGCGUCAUUUGUCAUAAAAUGUGAAAUUUUUAAACUGAUGCAUGAAGGGCCGUAGAGCUAAAAGGAUAUUACAUUUAAUGAAAGUCUUCCGUUUGAACAUCUUUGAGA